GAGAGAGCAAUGGAACAUAUUUUUGCUCUGCUUACCAUUUUUUUGGCUUUACCUUUCUCUGGGAGAUGCAGAGACGUUUUCAGCAGAUCUCAUUUCCCGGAAGGAUUUGUCUUUGGAGCUGGUACUUCUGCUUAUCAGUGGGAAGGAGCUGCUGCAGAAGAUGGAAGGAAACCUAGCGUAUGGGACACUCAUUGUCACUCUCGUGACAUAGGUAAUGGAGAUAUUGCUUGUGAUGGGUAUCACAAGUACAAGGAAGAUGUGAAGUUGAUGGUGGAAACUGGCUUAGAUGCUUUCAGAUUCUCCAUCUCUUGGUCUAGGCUAAUACCUAAUGGAAGAGGCCCUGUUAACCAAAAGGGUCUACAGUUCUACAAGAACCUCAUCCAAGAAUUAGUAUCCCAUGGAAUUGAACCACAUGUUACACUUUACCACUACGAUCAUCCUCAGAAUCUUGAGGAUGAAUAUGGAGGAUGGAUCAACAACAGGAUGAUCAAAGACUUCACUGCUUAUACAGAUGUUUGUUUCAGAGAGUUUGGGAACCAUGUCAAAUUCUGGACUACGAUAAAUGAGGCUAAUGUGUUCGCUAUUGGAGGUUACAACGAUGGGGAGACACCUCCUGGUCGUUGUUCCAUACCGGGCAAAAACUGCUUGUUAGGGAACUCUUCUAGUGAAACAUAUAUCGCAGGCCAUAACUUGCUUCUUGCACACGCCUCUGUUUCAAGACUAUAUAAGCAAAAGUACAAGGAUAAGCAGGGAGGUUCUAUAGGUUUUGGCUUAUAUUUAAUGGAUUUUACACCAUCUACAAGCUCCGAGGAUGAUGCCAUUACAACUCAAAGAGCCAAAGAUUUCUAUUUCGGUUGGUUCCUUGGGCCUCUUAUAUUUGGAGACUAUCCUGAUACAAUGAGAAGAACCAUUGGAUCAAGACUGCCAUUUUUCUCAGAGGAAGAGUCAGAACAAGUUAAAGGCUCAUCUGACUUCUUAGGAAUCAAUCACUAUUUCGCAGCUUCGGUCACAAGCAGCAAAUCCAAUUCUGGAAACCCUGAUUUCUACUCUGACAUGGGCGGAUAUGUGACUUACCUUGGUAAUACUUCAGUUAUGGAGUACCCUGUUGCUCCAUGGACUAUGGAAGCUGUUCUGGAGUAUAUAAAGCAGAGUUAUGGCAAUCCUCCUGUGUACAUCCUUGAGAAUGGUACACCAAUAAAGCAACAGAAGGAUACACCAAGAGUAGAAUACUUACACGCUUACAUUGGUGCUAUGCUCAAAUCCAUAAGGAAUGGAUCAGACACGAGAGGCUACUUUGUAUGGUCGUUUAUGGAUUUAUACGAGCUUAGAGGUGGCUACCAUGAUGGUUAUGGACUUUACUCUGUAAAUUUCAGUGAUCCUCAUCGAAAGAGAUCUCCUAGACUCUCUGCUCAUUGGAACCAUGGCUCGAGUGUGUCAAACAUGUGGAUACGUAACAGCCGUGAUCCAUUGUAUAACAGAAGGUCUCAACUUCUGUCUUACAUGUGACUACCUGCGCCAUCGUAAUAACACCUUUCAUGCAGGACAUGUACGUUACCAACUCUGCGAUCACUGCAUGGUGAAUCCAUCUUUACU